CGUGACGUGACUGUUGCUGUUGCUGCGGUCGUGAGAGGAGACAACUAAUUUCUCGAGAGAAAAUUCGAAAGCAAAUUGUUUAAUAAUUAAUAAUAUUUGUCGAUCACUUGACAGAAGUGUAUUUGCUGCGUCGUAUUUUGAGAUCAGUCUUGUUAAAAGUCUUCAGAAAUGGCUGGAAUUUUCAAUUUAUUUGGGGAUACGUCGGAACACGUUAGAGAUUCGGUUGCAAAGCCUUUGUCAAGAUCCAAGACAGUACUCGGCACAAACGGUGGCUAUUUGAAAAAUGUUGGUCAGUCGAGGCCAAAGGGAUUGUCGAUCAGAUCAAACUCAGUUUUAAAUGUACCUGCUACCCCCAAUAAACAAGAGGCUGCUAAACAACAGGAAUCGACGAAAUUAAAAUUAACGCAGAUAGACAAAGAUGAUCGAGCGAUAUCACCUACGAAGCAUCCUUUACUAAAGAAAGAAUCUGUCAAAGCAAAAGAUGCAUCACCGAAAUUAUCACUUAAGAAGGAUAUGAAAUUGCCAACGUCGUCGGAUAAACACCACGUUUUCAAGAGACCAUGUACUCCAAAAAAUCAUGUUAGAAAAUCGUAUCGAGAACCAGAGAUCUUAGCACCAUAUUAUGAUAUGCAAUUUGAAUUGGAUGACAUUUACACGAAACCGUUGGAGAACGAGUUCAGGGAAUUGUUUAUGAGAAAGAGGAACAGGGUAGUGGUUUGUGAAGACAAAGGAUUUGCAUUAGAUCGUGAACGAAUCAAUGUUAAAGUACCAGAAUUCAAUACUAGUCCAAAGAUCAUUGACAAUUACAGGGUAGAGGAAACCGUUGAUCUGCCAGCGAUAUCAGAUUAAUAACUAGAAUCCAUGGAAGUUAGUUUACGAUGGAUCAUAAGUUUUUCAUUAAGAAUUUGUACGCGAAAAUAAUUAAAAUUUGUACCAAUGUAUAAGUAACUUGAUAAAGUAGCUUUCACAUCAUGUUUAUUCCUACACGUAAAUAAAUUAUUUUUUCUAAUAAAUGA